AACGCACCAAAAAUACUAGUCGUGAGCAGAUGGAAAUUUAUCUACAAGCGAUGGAGAACGAUUAUGUUCUCCGAAGCAAUACAAUUAAUCCUACCUUGGGACCAACUUAUUUGCAGGAUAAAUGGGAUCAGCUGGCUCUAGAGCUGAAUUCUGCAGGUGAUGGUCCAAUUUUGACUGUAGAUGAAUGGAAAAAGGGAUUCACUGAUUGGAAAUAUUCACUGAAAGCAAAAAAAAGAAAAAUAGAAUCCCACCGGACAAAAACUGGUGGUGGUCCAAUGAUGAAAACCAUAUUGUCUGAAAUAGAGGAGAGAGCUUUAGAUGUUUGGGGUCGGGUAACAGUUGAAGGUGCUGAUGUUACGAGGUACGAGGGUAUAAAUGUAAAUAAUGAUCAAGUGCAGCCAAUUUUAAUUGAAGUAUUAAAUGAGGAAACAGUAACAUUAGAUGAGCAGGAAAAAGAGAAGGUGGAAGAGAGGAAAAAAAUACUGUGAUUAAAAAAACCAAAGAGAAACCACUAUCGUUAUUAGCUGAAAAAUUAGUAACCGUGACUGAUGAAAACACGAAAAACCAAAAAGAUCUAGUCGAAGCUAUACAGAACUUUUCUAAAGAAUAUUGUGAUCUGCAGAGAAAAAAACUG